UGGAAGAUUUGAUUUAAUCAAAACGUGGAUUGGGAAAAGCAAUUGUGCGGCCAGCUUUCAAUGAGUGAUGAAAGUGCAAAAUUAGGGAGUUGCUCUCUUCCGGGAGAUGUAAUUCUUGAAAUCCUCUUUCGCCUUCCUGUUAAGUCACUGUUACGAUUCCAAACAGUUUCCAAGUCAUGGUAUGCUUUCCUCAUCACCCCUGAUUUCACUCAACUGCAUUUGCGUCACACUCAUGAAAUGCUCCUUAGAGUUAGCGAUAGAGGUCCUAGAGACACCCCUACUAUUUCUUUCUUCUCUCUUGAUCAUCACAAAACUACUACUGUUAAAGAGGAGAUUGAUGAGGUGUACAAAAUUGAAGACUUUGCUGAUCUGUCUUCUUCUUCUGUUGUUGUUGUUGUUGAUUUGCCAUUUCCGUGUAGUCCUGAUGAUGAGGUACGGGUUGUGGGUUCUUGUAAUGGAUUGUUAUGUGUUCAUUUCAAUAGGACUUCUAACAUUAUCUUGUGGAAUCCUGCUACGAGAAAGUAUAGGUUUCUUGAAUCACCUGAUUGUGUCUCCUUUUAUUCUGACCCUUUUUUCCCUUAUAUAAUGCUUGGUUUUGUACCUGAGACUCAUGAAUACAAGGUUGUCAAGGUUCCUUCAUCUAGUAAGAAUAGUAACGCUAAGGUUUGGGUUUACUCGAUGAAUUCCGAUUCUUGGGAAGAGAUAGGAGCUGAUGUUCUUCAUGGUUUGCUACCCAAGGGCGGGUCUGCUGUUACUCUUAACGGGUGCUUGUAUUGGAUGUCGUAUAGUAAUGAUAAUGGACGGGAUAUAAUUACUUCUUUUGAUUUGUUUAAUCAAGUCUUUGGGAAAAUUACGCUGCCUAAUCCUGAUAUUGUCACUAACCUCACUUUCCAGAAGCUUGUGGUACUAAAGGGUUGUCUUUCUAUGAUAAUCUAUUUUGGGGAUGGUAUUAAUGUGAACCACUACGAGGUAUGGAUGAUGACUAAACAACAAGGUGCAGCUGAGUCUUGGACUAAGCAAUUUGAUUUUUCGCCCUUCUCUAAGCUAGCACGACCCGUUGGAUCAUGGAGGGACAGUGAACUUCUUUUUGGUUACCCGAAUGGGUUGUCACUUGAACUCUUAUCAUACAAUCCUUUCACAAAAAGAACUCGGAGCUUUCAAAGGAGAAGUUUAGUGGGUAGGUUUAAAGUCAUUAAUUAUGUCGAAAGCCUAGAAUCUGUGGAGGGCAGUUAAGUAGACUCUACAGAUUUGAAGUCUGAUAUUGCAGGUAUUGUUGUUGUUUCUUUGUUCAUGCUAAUCAUUUGGAGACAAGUAGAGAGUAAGAAGCUACAGAAAGUGGUGACAAGAAAAGCAGCAGGCAGGGACAUCAAAAGAAAAGGACCUACAAUGCCCACCCUAUUGAAUUUCACUCACUUUUGCAGAUGCUCCCAAUUUUCCAUAUGUCUACUAAGGCUGAACAUUGAGUAACAUACAAUAGGUUAAAGGCUAGAGGAGUUCCAGCUAGCAUCUACAGCCUGAAUGAUCUUUUCGUGUGGUUUGGCUCCAGCGCAAGCAAUUAUACCUCGAUCAAGUCCCUCUAAGUAUUCGCCUUUUGAGAAGUCCAAUGGAUGCCCUCCUGCAUCGGUCACCACUCCACCGGCUUCUUCAAUGAUAAGAACACCAGCUGCAUGAUCCCAUAUUUUCUCGUUGUAACCAGCCCUCGCAAAUUCCAUGAAUAUCUCAGUAUCUCCUCGGGUUGUGGCUGCAUACUUUACCAGGCUAUAUACACGUAAUGGCUGGUUCCUGCAGUUGAUAUGCUGUCAGCCAAGCUUUAAAAGACAUCUUAAUGCACAAACAUAUUAUUUGAAUAUGCAAAAGGAAUUUUCAGUGUGGGCAAAGAGUAACUGCAAAUAGACUCUAAAAACACAGAGGACCAUAAAGCAAUAGUAAAUAUAGCAUCUUGAAAGUUUCACGCGUUGUGUAUGAGAUGGAGAUUAGUUUUGGAUACGAGAGGAUACUGGGAGAGAUAUUUACCUAGGUCCAACACUAUGAGCUAGUCCUGCUGUGAAUGGAUGGCUUGAAUUUGCCUUCUCAACUGGUUCACAAAUAGUCAGGUACUGCAUAUCUUACUAAUUCGUUUAUUCUUCUAAUGGUUUCUAGUUUGUAUGUUUUCAGUUAAAAAAACAAUAUAAUGCUGUCGAAAAUUGUUACCCGUCUCAAAAUACAUCAUGCUGUCAAAAAUUGUUCAAAAUACAUCAUGCUAUCAAAAAUUGUUAGUCUCAAAAUACAUCAUGCUAUCAAAAAUUUUUAGUCUCAAAAUACAUCAUGCUAUCAAAAAUUGUUAGAGUCUCAAAAUACAUCAUGUUAUCAAAAAACUGUCCAGUCUCAUAUAAUACUGUAAAGUAAUCUCCCAGAACCUAUCAUUCCCAUUCAUCAUCCAAGAGACCGUCAAGAACUCUUUUCACAGUAGCCUCACCCUCGAGAUUGUUGUCCUGUACAUUACCGCCUCCCGGGUGGUAUGGGACAGCCUAAAUUCAAGACAAACACGUCACAAUUAAUAAAAUUCUUUCCAAUGAAGCGAGGUGAGGGGAACCAGCCUAUAAAUUUACCUGAGAGGACAGUUGGCAUCGUUGGGUGAAGGCUCUCUUCUGCUCCAUGGAGUGAGCAAAGUAACACGGGGUCUUGGUGCAAUAUGUACGCGGGCACAUCUCAGUGCGGAAAAUGUGCAGGUGCAGGAAGUGCUCAUAUAUACCAUGAGCAAACCCGCAACCAUCCCCUCUUGGGCAUGGUAGACCGGGCCCAAAAUUAGCACAUCGCAUGCUCGAGUGGGUUCCCGGGUCUCUCCGGCGAACUGCCUCACCGGGAUGACCAUAAACGCACAAUUCCCACCUAUUCCAUCUCGGGUCUGCACACAUCUUAACCUUGUGGUGAUACAUCCAGAAGUGUGCUUCCCGGUGGACGUCCCUACAAUUUCCAGAAAAUCAGUAUUCAAUUUGCAGAAAGUAUGGACAUAAUGCAAGAGGACACUAUAAGUAUGACAAAAAUUGAAAAAGCAACUUCAAGCAGCCCUUUGAAGGAUAUAAAUCCAACCGGAGACGGUGAAUAUGAAGACAUCUGCGGUACUACAAAUGUCUAUUACCCGGAUAUGUGGGAUAACAACCACCAAGAAUUCAACUGAACAAAUCACUCAAUCAUAACUCACGGACGAAUUGAAGAACCAGUAGUGAUGUAGUGACUGUUCAAGCUGAUGGAGUUGGUGCUGAAGAUGUUAAAUAGAGUUGUUGAUGUUGGACCUGUUUGACUUCUAAGAGUGGCAGACGCUUUAAGAGAAAGAUCAUGAAGGAGUAUGUCGUUGCAAUACAGAAGAAGAAGAAGAAGAGAAAUACUAGCAAAAUGUAGCAACUUAAACACUUUUUUGUGGUUAUGUGAAACACCUAUUAUAACACAAUAUGUCGUGUCCUUUUUUAGUGAUAAUGUUGUCUACUGGUGUUGUUUUAAACAGUGUUUGAAGGUGUUCUGUUGCUUAUUAAACAAAACUUUUGUGGUUGCUUGAAAUGAAAAAUUAAAACAUGGUUUUGGUGCA